CAAAAAAAAAACCCAUCACACCCUCGAUCUAAAAUUAGGAUUCCAAUCAAGCAAGCAAGCAUUUAUCAUUAUCACUUCACAAAAUUGAACAAGAUAUGGGUGGUGUGAUGAAGUUGAUCGGCACGGUGCUCAUUGCCGCUGCAUUGAUCGCGGCCAUUGCUACACCAAGUGAGGCCGCGAUAGGGUGCAGCGCGGUGGUUUCAUACCUGAACCCAUGCCUCCCCUAUGUGAGCGGAAAAGGCCCCUUAGGUGGGUGUUGCGGUGGCAUAAAGGGUCUCUAUGGCUCCGCGAAAACGACGCCAGAUAAACAGAGUGUUUGCAACUGCUUGAAAUCACUUGCUGCUUCAAAUUCAGGCAUCGACGCCAGCAAGGCCGCCGGCCUCCCGGCCCAAUGUGGCAUCAACAUCCCCUACAAGAUCAGCCCUUCCACUGACUGCUCCAAGGUGCAGUGACCUAUCUUGAUGGUAUGAUUAUGGUGCAACAUUUGAUAUGUAUUGCCGACAACCAACGUAGAUAUACUAUGAAUAAAGAGAGGCUUAUUGGUUGUGAGAUUUAAUGGUUUCUUCCCAUUGGAUAUGAUGUACCAAUAUUAUGAAUGCGAGCUACUGUUUGUGUCUUUUAUUUAACUGGAGUGUUUUAUUUUCUAUUCA